AUGGCCCAGGAGAGCGUGCGUGCGCUGGAGGGCAGGCGGGUGCUGAUCGUGAACGCCCAUGUCGGCAUGGGGGCCGACGUCGCCGAGACCUUCGCCAGGGAGGGGGCCACCCUGGUGCUCACCGCACCGCAGACCCUGGCGCUGCAUGAGGUCGCAUCCCGGUGUGGAGGAAUGGGUGGCUUUGACACACUGGCGCCCUGCGAAACCCUGGAGCUCGAUCUCACGAGUGCGGAACAGCUGAUGCAUGAGGUGACCAGCGCAUGCAAGGGGGUGGACGUCAUCGUGCUCGCCAUCGGCGGCACGGAGGGCGUCGACCUGCCCGGGCCGCAGGAUGGCAGCGGGGAUAGCCCCGCGUACAUCCAGAUGUCUACCGAUGGGUCUCGCUUCCUGGCUGCUGACCGCGAGUUCCCCAGCGCCGGCCAGGCAGCACUUUCAUGCUUCAAAAAGCAGGCGGCUCAGGAAUGA